CUCAAGGAGGCAGAUGUCGGUAUCACCGUCCUCAUCAACGACAAGAUCCCUCGAUUCGAGUGUGUGCUGAAGCACAAGCUUUCCGACUUUCAAGUUUUCGAAGUCGAUGAGCAAGGCCAAGUUGUUCGCCUCAAAAACGUCCCCUCCCAAGCAGACCUCACUCAAGAGAUGCAGCAGAAGCAAGAGGAGAGCAAGAUGAAAAAGGAGAUCAUCGAGACGCAAUCAUUUGACUUUGAUACGGCAGAUGCUAAAGCACUUGCUGAGAUUCUUGGCGAGGUAACGUUUGCUAAGCUCAAGACAUUUCCACAAGAGGCGGCAGAACGCUCAUUUUUGACUGGAGAGAAUCAACCGGCCAUCGUCACGCCAGUGUUGGAAGAUAAAGCACUACGCACUGCUAUACACAAAGGUGUCCGUGCGGUCUUUGUCGGUGCACUCGACAGCAAGGCAACCGACGAUAGUCGUGUCAAGAUCACAGCUGCACCAAAACGAUCAAAAGGUAGUGGCAGGGGUCGACCUGGUGCAUCAGCUGGAACUAUACGCUCAACAUGGCCAGAAAGUGGCGAUUACUGUCAAUUCCACGUUUAUAAGGAAGGAAAAGACACGAUGGAGGUUGCUAAUAUGCUGUCAAGGGUUUUACAAAAGCCUCCGAAGACAUUUGGCUAUGCUGGUACAAAAGACAGGCGGGGAUGCACUGUACAACGCUUCACUGCGUACAGAGUGGCCACUGCACGCCUCGCCAACCUCAAUCGAACGCUCAAAGAUAUUGUCCUGGGCGACUUUAGCUACACCAAGAAUGGAUUAACUCUGGGCGAUCUGUCCGGCAACCGAUUUCUUCUCACAUUGCGCAGCGUGACGGGUGCCUCUAAAGAUGAGAUUGAAACAGCUUUGACGAGACUCCGAGAGGUAGGUUUCAUCAAUUACUACGGCAUGCAACGAUUUGGCACAUCAUCCACAGGCACACAUGAAGUGGGCGCACACGUUCUCAAGCAUGAGUUCGAGAAAGCUGUACGCCUUAUCUUGAGUGAGCAUGCCGGUGCACAAGGCGAGACUCGAGCCGCAAAACUUCACUGGAUAGCAACCUCGAAUGCCGUAGAGACACUCGAGCGUAUGCCAUCUCGAUGUAUUGCCGAAGUGGCCAUGUUGCGACAAAUGGUCAAGGCCAAGUCAUUGACGGACUGGAAUGCGAGUUUCCAUGCUGUGCCGCGCAACCUGCGACUCAUGUACAUGCAUGCGUACCAAUCGUACGUGUGGAACUUUGCAGCAUCACAGCGGAUACAACAGUUUGGGAUGCAACCUGUUGCAGGUGAUCUGGUAUUGACUGAGCAAAGCGCAGAGGGAGAGAAGACUGGUGCUUCUGGCCGCGAAGUCAUACGCGCCAAGCUCCUGACAGAGGACGACUUGGCAAAUUACACCAUCUACGAUGUAGUGUUGCCGUGUCCUGGCUGCGAUGUGCUAUAUCCCGGACACAGCAUCAAGGAGGUGUAUGUCGAGGUGAUGAAACAGCACGGCCUCGAUCCAUUUAACAUGGUGACGACUGUCAAAGAAUCGACCCUAAUGGGAGCCUACCGAAAAUUGCUCUCGAAGCCCAUCACUUUGUCUUGGGAAGUGUUGCAGUACGAGGAUGAGGAUCAGCAAAUCGCCGCGACAAAUCUUGAUGAGCUAGAGGGGCGAACGAUCACGCUGCCAACGGAUGGCAGCAAGACUGCAGUGAAGCUCGAGUUUCAACUCGAAACGGCAGCGUACGCAACCAUGUUGCUCAGAGAGGUCGUG